UUUCUUUUCAGUUCGAUUGUCUUUCGCUAGAUGGAGUCACUUACUUGGAAUCAUCUGUUAACCAAAAUGUUUUUUUUUUCUUGAACAUUUUUUUUUUGAUUGUUUUGAAUUUUGAUUUUGAUUAAUUAUGUCAUUUAUUACUCACUUUAGUAGACGUUUUUUAAAUAUUCCUGUUUACGGUGGUCCCUAUGUGAAUAAAGGUUGGGCUCAUAAAAGUAAAGGUCCAAAGGAUCUUGAAGAAGCUGCUGGAUUUUAUAAGAAAACAUUGGAAUCUGAAGUAACUGAACCAUCGCCAUUUCAUGUUGUCUUUAGAUAUAAAAAAGGAAUAAUUCCUUGGACAAUUAAAGUUAAAUUACGACAUUUAGGUCUUCAUGGAAAAGAAAUCGGUUAUCCAGUUCUCAUACCAAAUACACCUCAUUUUAAUGCUUUACUUUGGGAUGUUAAACAUUUAAUUAAAUUGGCACCAGUUACAUUUCCUGAUGGUUUACCUACAGAAAAAGAUAUUGGUGCUACUCGAUUGUGUCCAUUUACUGGUAAAUUUGAGAUAAAUGAUAAAUUUCGUGUUGAUCCAUCAAGAGUUUGGGCUGAUGUACCUUCAGAUUUUUACAAAGGAACUAUUUAAGAGACUAUUUAAGAAAACUUUGUGGACAUUUACAAAUUUCCUAUUAAGAUAAAUUAGUCACAAUUAAAUAUUGUAGAUGAACAAUGCAUAGUUUUUUCCUGAGAAAACUAUUAGUAAACUGAUCAACAGAGAAAUAGAGACAGAAUGUAAAAAAUUGAAUUCUGAUUGUUUACGAUGAUAAUCAACUAAAAAAAGAAAUUAUAUAAAUAAAGUCGAAGGUAAUAAUAAUUAA